AGUUCCGGCACGUUUGUGCCACCUUCUCGCGAUCUUAAUAAUAGCGCCAUGGUCAGACGUGUUGGAAUAAUCGGUUAUGGUCAUCUAGGGCAAUAUCUGGUGCAACAGAUCAACUCCAGAAGUGAUGUGGAAUUGGCGUUUGUGUGGAACAGAACUGUCUCAGCACUGAAAGAGUCACGGCAGAUCAGACCAGAACAGAUUCUCGAAGAUGUGUCUGAUUUUGAAAAAUACCGUGCAGACUUGGUAGUAGAGGUGGCCCAUCCAAGCAUCACACAACAAUAUGGCCCUGAUAUCCUGCAGAAGGCUGACUACAUGAUAGGUUCUCCCACAGCCCUGGCGGAUGCCGAUCUGGAGGCAGGAUUGCGCAGUGCAGCUACAAACCACGGCCUGUACAUACCUAGUGGUGCAUUCUGGGGAGGCGAUGAUAUCAAGAAGAUGGCCGACCGGGGAACAUUACAGGCCUUAAAAGUCACAAUGACCAAGCACCCAUCCAGCUUCAAACUCAACGGUCACCUGAACGUCAAGAAUGACCAGGUGAAAGAUACAAGGACAGUUCUGUAUGAUGGACCGGUGAGAGAGUUGUGUCCCCUGGCCCCCAACAACGUCAACACCAUGGCAGCAGCGGCGCUAGCGGCUCACAACCUCGGCUUCGACAAAGUACAGGGUAGCAUCGUGGCAGAUCCAGAGCUGAGAGACUGGCACAUCGUGGAGGUGGAGGUGUGGGGUCCGGGGGAUAGGGCAGCAGGGUCCGCCUUCCACUGUAAGACUGUACGGAGUAACCCUGCUACAGCAGGUCAUGUGACUGGCUCGGCGACUUACGCCUCCUUCCUCAGCAGCAUGUUGGCUGCCAAUGGUAAAGGAGCUGGCGUGCACCUAUGUUGAUCUGGUCAACAAGAAUGUCUGUCCAGAAUAAAAUACAAGAUUUGUUUGGGUCUGGUGUGUUGUGUAUGGAAGAUUGCCAUGCACAAGAUGUCAUUACUGCUAUAAUGGCAUCACUGCUAUAUAUUUUUAUGGUUGGGGUGUAAAUAUGAUUUUUUUAUAUUGAUAUUCACAAAUAAUCCUUCUUCAUAACUCUCUGUGGUUGGCAUCUGAGACUUGUUACGGACAUAUUACAUCAAAUGUAUUUAUGCUCUGUUUGAGUUCUUGAAAGGGAUGAGGCCCAAGUCAUUUGGGACACUCACUCAUUUACUCAGUCAAGGCCCUUGUGGGUGUGGCAAGUUACACACCAAUAUUACAAAUACCUCCAAUUUCCGGCAAACUAUAGAACUAUGCACAGUGUGUAUAAUCUAGUCAGAAAAUAAUAGUACUACAAGUAUUACAACUAAAGUGACAAUUGGGAUAUCACCGACAUCGUCUCACAGCUAUCCAUGUUCAGUUGAUGACUAAAAGUGUUGUCAGUACGGGAGAUAACUGUCUCUGAAGAUCUGGGGUGGAAGUAUAGGAGAAACCAUUUCUACGAGGGAUUACCAGCGAUUGUAAACCCUUGACAUGAGGUGACAUACCAAGGAGAAACCCUGACAUGAGGUGACGUACCGAGGGGAAACCCUGACAUGAGGUGACGUACCGAGGGGAAACCCUGACAUGAGGUGACGUACCGAGGGGAAACCCUGACAUGAGGUGACAUACCGAGGGGAAACCCUGACAUGUGGUGACAUACCGAGGGGAAACCCGGACAUGAGGUGACAUACCGAGGGGAAACCCUGACAUGUGCUGACAAAACGAGGGGAAACCCUGACAUGUGCUGACAUACCGAGGGGAAACCCUGACAUGAGGUGACGUACCGAGGGGAAACCCUGACAUGUGGUGACAUACCGAGGGGAAACCCUGACAUGAGGUGACAUACAGAGGGGAAACC